UGGGCGAACGGGAGGCUCAAAGCGUGGUCGCGAACUCUGCAGUUUGAUUGAUUUUUUGUUUUCUUUCCGGGGAUUAUGCAGAGUGCAAUGUUCCUGGCUCUCCAGCACAACUGCAGCACGAUGGAGAAAAACGCCAGCCUCUGCCCGAGCAAAGAGGAGAAAAAGGGGAAGAUGAAGAAAACCCUCAUGAAAGAUUGGAAAGCACGGUUGAGUUACUUCUUGCAGAACUCUUCCAGCUCGACAAACGCAAAGGCUAACAAGAAAGGACCGCAGAAAGCAUGUUUUAGACCUUCUCCAGAAGAAGCCCAGUUAUGGUCAGAAACGUUUGAUGAACUGCUAGCGAGCAAAUAUGGUCUGGCAGCUUUCAGGGCAUUUCUGAAAUCUGAGUUUUGUGAAGAGAACAUUGACUUCUGGCUGGCUUGUGAAGAUUUCAAGAAAAUCAAGUCACCUCAGAAGCUAAACACCAAGGCUAAGAAGAUUUACAAUGACUUUAUUGAAAGGGAAGCUCCAAAAGAGAUCAAUAUAGACUUCCAAACCAAGAACACUAUUGCCCAAAACCUUAAUGAAGCUACCCACACUUGCUUCAGUGUAGCCCAGAAGAGAGUCUACAGCUUAAUGGAGAACAACUCCUAUCCACGAUUCCUGGAAUCUGAAUUCUAUCAAGAACUGUGUAAAAAGCCAUCAAUCAGCAGGGAGCCACAGGCGACAUGAACUCCCCAAGUGCAGCAGCAAAGAAGAAACCAUUUUGUUCAUGAAAGAGAUGAUGUGUCUCUGAAGGCUUGGUGGACUUGAUGAACUAAAUGUACAGGAGACUUGCCCAAAUGUAAUAUUUUCCCAGUUGGAUGGGCAUAUUAGCAUUGGCAGCUUUGAGCAUCUGUAGCAAGCUGCAGUAUUAAAGUCUUAAGAGGAAAAACUAAGUCAAACUGCUGGCCAGUUGUGGGAGGUUCAUUUUCCAUAUAGGAAACGAUGCAUUGGGAAGGAAUGUUUUAGGCAGUACUAAAUUGGUGACGGUCAUCCAAAUCCAUAUGUAACCUGGAUGUGGCAAGAUCAGAUCUAAUCCCGAUCUGCAAAACAGUAAACAAGAUUUGGAGUUGUGUGCAGACUGACAUAUUCUGGGACUUGAAACAUGUUCUGAAUAAUUGGCUGCUGCUGUCUUUUUCCUUAGCAACGUUCAGCAUGUAAUACCUCCAGGACUUUCUUGCACAGGUCCUGUUCUCUGCAGAUCAUGCAAGUGUGCUCGGAUCUUGUAGAUUUCCUUUAUGAACUAACAAAUUCCAGUGUCAUUAUGCAACUUGAUGCAGAGAUAAGAGGAUGGACUCACUGGGAGAACUAAGCAUGCUGACCACCUAAGUACGUGGUAUCAAAAUCUAUCUGUUGAGAUGCCACUUGUAGCAGAACUUGGCGGAGACUUCAAAUGACAUAUAUUGUGUGUGUGUGUGUAUGUAGACUCUGGUUGUGUUGUACACUCCUACCAAUGCUGAAUGUGCUGACUUGAAGAUGAAACUUCAGUGAAGUUGUCUUUUUGGAGAGAUGUUUUAAUAAAUUAUUUUUAUUUUAAUAGAA